CUUCAUUAACUAUUGCUCUGCAUGCCUUUUCUUUUCCUAGCAACAACUAGUAUGACCCAAGUGAGCAUGCACCAUCCGGCGAUUGCUUCUAUUUCAACCAUCUUAGAUCCAUUCUUUCCUUCAUAACUCAAUCUCCAUCCUACGUGUCACAAUGGCCCCGCAAUUGACCUCUCUCUACACAACGUCCUUCCUCAUUGCGCUCUUCGUCACCCUCCUUGUCGCGGCCUGUCUUCGUGCUAUCAACAUCCUGCCUGGUCGAACUUGCCACUCUGCCAAAGCACCUCGCAAAGCUGCGCCUGCCACCCGUAUUCUAAUCGUUCUCGGCUCUGGUGGUCACACACAUGAGAUGUUUCACCUGCUGCGAGAUCUAGACACAAGCAGAUACACGCAAAGGACGUACAUUGUCAGCGGUGGAGACGCCUUCAGCGCACAAAGGGCUGUAGAGUUUGAACAGACGCUCGAGGAUCGAGCCAGCGAGACGCGCAAUAAAGCCACUACGGUGAGGAGGAGAGGAACUGAGAGACCGCUCUGCGUUGGAGCAGAACACUUCAAUAUUGCGACAAUUCCGCGAGCCAGAAAGAUUCACCAAUCCCUUCUAACUACGCCAUUCACGUCUCUAGUCACUCUUGUAUCGGCUUUCUCGCCCCUGUUCCGCUCAGAUCGGCUUCAUCCGAACCUACCACCUACAACACCCUAUGAAAUCGCAGCUCAGGAUCUUCCCGAUUUGAUUAUCACGAACGGCCCUGCUACCGGCGUCAUCGUUGUACUUGCUGCUCUCAUUGCGAAGUUCUUCAAUCUGAAAGGAUGUAGCAGCAGGAGUAAAUGUAGAACAAUAUACGUGGAAAGCUUUGCUCGCGUGAAGACGUUGAGCUUGAGUGCGAAGCUGCUCGCCGGCGUGGUCGAUCGAUUCUUGGUACAGUGGGAGGAGCUUGAGGGCGAAGGCGGGUACGUAGGGGGACACGCGGAAUACUGGGGGAUUCUAGUAUAAGGUCGGGAAAGGUAUUUGAGGGCAUAGCACAGGCGUUCAUGGGCUCAUAACAAUAGAUACCCAGGGUCGUUGUCCAAGGUGAAAUAAUGCGAAUGGAAGAGUACAAUACAAGAACACCAGUAUCUACAAUAUACUACAAGGU